GCAUCAUGGCCUGCUUGCAUUUUACUACAGUUGUGCCAGUGAAGGUAAUGAUAAUGACUAUUUUGAUGUCAGUGUUUUUUUCCCCAUAUAUUAAGACAGGAUUUUGCCUGAAGCGGACUGUGGCCUGUAGGCCUUUUUGUACUGGGAGUGACUGCAUCACUGUAAACCUGGACAGAGUGGAUUUUCAAACAGCUGAGGAAGCAUGCCGUGACAAGAACGGAGAACUAAUGACAUGUCGGUCCGAGACAGAUGAGAGCACACUCGGCAUUUUGAGUCAAGAAUUGUAUGGACACUUCUGGAUUGGACUGCAUUUACCAGCUGUCUCCUGCAGCAACCUUUCAGCUCCACUGAGAGGCUAUGAGUGGACAUCUGAUAGUGUGCACCGCAGCUUUAGUCCACACUUCAGCCCCUGGAAAGACAGCGUUAAAGUCUGCUCUCCCCGCUGUGUGUCACUUUCCAACGAUCAAAAGUGGACAGAGAGGCUGUGCUCAGACAAAACUGAUGGCUUUCUGUGCAGAACAAAGCACAAAGAUGCAUGCCAGGCACGGGAAUUAUCAGAUCCAAAUGUGAUCCGAAGCUCUAAAGGCUGUUCAAGUGCUCCUUGUCAGCAUACAUGCACCGAUGUAAUAGGAGGUUAUAUAUGCUCUUGUUCCAGAGGAUUUAUACAAGACAGCAAGCAACCCGGAAAGUGCAAAAUUCACUGUGCUCAACAGAAAUGUCCUGCGAUAUAUGAGGGAAUUUUACCCUACUGUGCUGCUGGCUUUGUAUUCAGUGAAACGUUUUGUGAGGACAUUGAUGAAUGUGUGAACUAUGGAUGCGAUCAGGAGUGUAAGAACACUUUUGGAAGUUUUGUGUGCUCCUGCCGGGAAGGAUUUGUACUGAAAGAUCAAGUCAAAUGCAUCAAAGCAGAGGGCAGUGAACGUUUUGUUGUCACAACUCCUAUCGUCUUAGGCUUUGUUAAACCAGCCACCAAUAAUCAUACGCUGAAGGGUUCUUCAGCGCCUGCUGGCGGUUUUCUCUGGAUGUGGAUUUUCGGCGUGGUGGCUGUGGUGCUGUUUAUAUUUGUGGUAAGGUUUUAUGUUGUGAAACGUCAGAAGCGCAGAGAACAAAACUCCAAUCAGCAGCCUACUGUUCCUGUGGACAAUAAUGAGUGUGAAAUCCAGUCCAAACAAUGAUGAGCACCAACUCCACUCCUGAAUCUAGGUUCCUCUUCUCACAGACUGUAAGGACACACAGAACACAGACAUCAUCACC